GUUGACAUCCCUAAAACUAGUGACAAAAACAUAAAUUUUAGGUUUCAAGAAUAAAUCGAGACUUUUCAAGUUAAUUAACAAUAUUUGUGUAUCGGUGACAGUGAAAAUCAAUAAAUAAGAUCAAAAUGCCGCGUAUUAUGAUAAAAGGAGGUGUUUGGAGAAACACAGAAGAUGAGAUUCUCAAAGCAGCUGUUAUGAAAUAUGGCAAAAAUCAAUGGUCACGUAUUGCAUCAUUAUUGCAUAGAAAGAGUGCAAAACAAUGUAAAGCACGAUGGUAUGAAUGGUUAGAUCCAUCAAUUAAGAAAACAGAAUGGUCUAGAGAGGAAGACGAGAAGCUAUUACAUUUAGCUAAACUAAUGCCUACUCAAUGGCGUACAAUUGCUCCAAUUAUUGGAAGAACUGCUGCACAGUGUUUAGAACGUUAUGAAUAUUUACUGGAUCAGGCUCAACGUAAAGAGGAAGGAGAUGAAAACUUGGACGAUCCACGUAAAUUAAAGCCUGGUGAAAUUGAUCCUAAUCCAGAAAUUAAACCAGCACGUCCUGAUCCAAAGGAUAUGGAUGAAGAUGAAUUAGAAAUGUUGUCAGAAGCAAGAGCUCGUCUGGCAAAUACACAAGGUAAGAAGGCAAAAAGAAAGGCUCGUGAAAAGCAAUUGGAAGAAGCUCGACGAUUAGCUGCUUUACAAAAGCGAAGAGAAUUAAGAGCUGCUGGUAUUGGGGUUGGAAAUCGAAAGCGUAAAAUUAAAGGAAUUGAUUAUAAUGCUGAAAUUCCAUUUGAAAAGCAGCCAGCAAGAGGAUUUUAUGAUACAGCUGAGGAAUUUGUAGUUCCAAUUUCAGCUGACUUUUCAAGACUACGUCAACAAAACCUUGAUGGUGAAUUACGUUCUGAAAAAGAAGCUCGUGAACGUAAAAAGGAUAAAGAAAAAUUGAAAAAGAGAGAAAAUGAUAUGCCAAUGGCUAUGCUUCAAAAUCAAGAGCCUGAAAGAAAACGAUCGAAAUUGGUCUUGCCUGAACCACAAAUUUCAGACCAGGAACUUCAGCAAGUCGUUAAACUAGGCAGGGCCAGUGAAUUAGCUAAAGAAAUUGCAUCAGAGAGUGGAAUUCAAACAACAGAUGCUUUAUUAGCUGAUUAUAGCAUUACUCCACAAAUUGCGGCUACUCCAAGAACUCCAGCUCCAAUUACAGACAGAAUUAUGCAAGAAGCACAAAAUGUAAUGGCUUUGACUCAUGUUGAAACUCCAUUAAAAGGUGGUCAAAACACACCAUUAACAUCAACAGACUUUAGUGGAUCAUUGCCACAAACUAUUUCGAUUGCGACUCCAAAUACAGUCAUUGCUACACCAUUCAGAACAUUAAAGGAAACUGGAUCUACUCCAAGUAGUAAUUUUAGCACUCCAUCUUCUCAAGCUUUGUUACCCGUAAGUGGAACUCCAAAAACUAUAAGUUAUACUCCAGCAAAUGUUCGUGACAAAUUAAAUAUUAAUCCAGAAGAUUCAUUGAGUGUUACAGAAACACCUGCUGCUUAUAAACAUUUUCAAAGACAAGUUAAAUCGUCAUUACGUGAAGGCUUAGCGUCAUUGCCAACACCAAAAAAUGACUAUGAAAUUGUUGUACCAGAUGAAGAGCAAGAGGAAAUGUCUGAAAGUACAGAAAUGUCUAUUGAAGAUCAGGCUGAUGUCGAUGCAAAACGAAUGGAGGAAGAGAAAGAACGCAAAAGACAAGCUUUAUUGUUGCGAUCACACGUAAUUCAGAGAGACUUGCCAAGACCAAUUGAAAUUAAUACAACUAUGCUACGACCAAUAAGUGAAAUGCAAGGAUUGACAGAAUUACAGAAAGCAGAAGAAUUAAUUAAACAAGAAAUGAUUACAAUGUUACAUUAUGAUGCAUUAAAUGAUCCAGUUGUAGGAAAUAGUGUUGCACCACAAAAGAAACAACAACAUUUAAAUUAUCUCGAUUCUCAUCCAUAUCAUAAAGUCUCGGUUGAAGAGCGUGAAAAUGCAGCAAAGUUGCUUAAAAGUGAAAUGUAUAUUGUUAAAAAUGGCAUGGCUCAUGGAGAUUUAUCAAUAGAAAGUUAUUCACAAGUUUGGCAGGAAUGCUUAAGUCAGGUCUUGUAUUUGCCAUCUCAAAAUCGUUACACAAGAGCAAGUCUUGCAAGCAAAAAGGAUCGAAUUGAGUCGUAUGAAAAAAGACUUGAACAAAAUAGACGAGUCAUGGCACGUGAAGCUAAAAAGUGCAGUAAAUUAGAAAAGAAGUUGAAAACUUUACUUGGUGGAUAUCAAGCAAGAGCUCAUUCGUUGAUUAAACAGCUUCAAGAAAUUUAUGAACAGAUUGAGCAAAACUAUCUUUCACUGUCAACAUUCAAGUUCUUAGAAAAAAUGGAAACUACAGCUAUUCCAAAGCGAUUGGAGUCAUUAACUGAUGAUGUGAAUCGUCAAACUGAACGAGAAAAGCAUCUCCAAAAGCGCUAUUCUGAACUUGUUGAACAAUUGAAAGACUUGUCGAAAGAUCAAAAUGGGAUUAAUAAUGAUGUCCAUGCAAACGAUAAUUCUCUAGAAGCAGUUUAAAUCCAUUUUUAUAAUUUUGACCAAGAGUGUGGAUAAUUUUGAUCAGUUCCGCAUCCUUGAUUUAUAACUUUUUAAAAUUGAACUGUAUUUAAUCAAAUUAAAUCUUAUCUGCUUGUCAUAAUAAAUGAACAUUAAUAAAGAUUCAAAAUUGACUAAAAUUUCGAGCACAAAAUCUUUCCAGUCUUUCGACAAAUCAUAACUUGAUAGUGUCGGUUAUUAAGUGAGAAAUUAAAGUGCGAGCUAAAAAGUAUAGCAUUAUCUUUGGCAUAUAAUCCAUUAUAUUUGAAUUCAAUCUGAUCAAUUUGUAAGCAUUUCUCAAGGAUAUCGAAGAUAAUUGUCAUUAUUGGCGUCUGCUUGUUGUUCCAAUAAAUUUUAACUUCUCUUAAGUUUGGUGAUAUUUUGAUAAUUGGUAAAAUUCUGGUCCUAAAGUCUUCCUGCUCACAUAUAAUCUUUUCAAGACGAGUUUCGAUGAUUUGUAGAUUGUCAUCUUUAAGGGAUUUCAUUUUGCUCAGAAGCUUUGCAUUUCUAAUGAUCUUAAUGACUUUUAAGUUCUCCAUAUUCUUCACCAUGCAAUCAAUUACAGAUAAAGGCACAGAAUCAAAUUUCAAAUGAGUAAGAUUUUUAAAGUUUUGGCUUAAUAACCAAAUAUCUUCUUUUUUAAGUCCUCUUGUGCCAAAAUCUAUACCCUCUAAACACAAUUUACUUAAAUGAGGAUAAUCAGUUCUUAAAAAUUCAUUUAGAACAUCCAAUGUUAUUGCAUUCAUAUGCAACCUCUUCAAAUUUGUCAUUUUCCUUAAAUUGCGAACUAGCUUUAGAGACGGUAUUUCUACAACAAGCUUAUUAAUUUUUUUUAAAUUUAAAAUCUCAUGAAAUAUUGGCUCAUAUUGACGAGACCAGAUAAUAUCUUCUUGUGUUAAGUAGCCAUCCUCAAGAUGAAGCUUGAACAAAUUCUUUUGAUUCUGAAGAAUGUCAACUACUGAUUUAGGAUUGUAGCGAAAUUCGCUUAAUUUCAAAUGUGUCAAAUUCAGGUGAUUUAAUUGAAAAUCAAUAUCCUGAAUCUCUAUAUCCACUCCACAAAAUAUUCGGAAUGAGAACUUCUUUAUCGAGUGAUGACGAACUAAGAAGUUAUUGAUGUUUUCCAGGUUCUGUUUCUUAAGCCGGUCUGUAGAAAAUAUUUGAAUGUCUUCAAGUUUAGGUGUAUCUAAUACUGAUAAAAAUGUAUCGCAGCAUCUAAGCUUCUUUAAUUGCAAUAAAGUAACUGUUUCAUUUGUUGUUGCUGUUCCAUCCAUUUUAAUAUUUAAUGUAUUAAGAUGAAUCGUUUCCUGAAUAUUCCUUAGCCAUGAUAUCAUAUCUAAUGGACUAAUUUUGAUGAACCUUAAGUCAUUUUUCCCAAACUGAAUUUUCUUUGCAUUCUGUCCGAAUUUUUUGAGAACUUCCUCAAUUGUGUUUUUCUCCAAGUUUCCAUGAAAGAAAAUCUCACUGAAUUGUCUUCUAAUAAUCUGGAUAUCGUUCAAAUUAGCCUCUUUUUGCU